AAGAGAAGAGAAGAGAAUAUCGUUACUCUGUGAAUCAGUAAGCGUGUGAAAGGGGAAGAAAUAGUGAGAGAUUGAGAAAAGACAAAUCUUGGGUUUGUGAAAUUUGAUGAAAAUCCGCAGCUGAGUAGGCUGAAAUUGAGGGAGUCCUCGGUUUCUUGGUUUAUUUGCAUCUUUUAAGGUUGAAAAAAUGUCGAGGCCACUUCACCGAGGUUCAUCUGGGGGAGGUGUGCGAAUCUUGGGAAACAGUAAUGAUUUCUGGGAUGACUCUCAGAUGAAAGAAAAGAUAGAAAAGGAAGAUGUGGAUCGAAGUCGUACAAAUGGUUCUCAUAAUACAUAUUUAUCUAUCAGAUUCUUUCGGUUUCUCUCCCUGGAUAGCUUGUCUUCAAAACACAGUUUCAGUGACAAUGGUUUUGUAUCUGAUCCCUUCAGCCCUGGGAAUCUGAGGAAUCGGCAUAAAUUGUCACUUGCUUUACUCAAAUUCAGUUUAAUAGUUAUUGUAAUUCUUGCUCUGGCUGGAUCCUUUUGGUGGACAAUUUCCAUAUCAUCGUCAUCCAGAGGUCAAAUAUCUCAUGGAUAUAGGCGGCUUCAAGAGCAACUGGUGUCAGAGUUGUAUGAGAUCAGUGAGCUCUCUCAGGGUUCCUUGAGGUUGAGAGAAUUGGAAUAUUGUUCUCAAGAGGCAGAAAACUUUGUACCAUGCUUCAAUGUUUCUGAAAAUCUUGCUUCCGGCUUUUCUGAGGGUGAAGAGUACAACCGCCAUUGUGCACAUGGGUCAAACCAACAUUGCUUGGUUCUUCCGCCCAUGAAUUAUAAGAUUCCCCUUAGGUGGCCUAGUGGAAGAGAUGUCAUCUGGUUCGCCAAUGUUAAUAUUACAGCACAGGAGGUGCUCUCCUCAGGAAGUUUGACAAAGAGGAUGAUGAUGUUAGAUGAAGACCAGAUCUCCUUCCGUUCAGGAUAUUCAACAUUUGAUGUCGAAGACUACACACAUCAAAUUGCUGAAAUGAUUGGGCUAAGAAAUGAAUCCUACUUUAUACAAGCUGGAGUUCGAAACAUCUUGGAUAUAGAGUGUGGGUAUGGCAGUUUUGGGGCACGUCUGUUUUCAAACCAACUAUUGACCAUAUGUAUAGCAAACUAUGAGGCUUCUGGCAGUCAGGUUCAACUAACUCUCGAAAGAGGGCUUCCAGCAAUGAUUGGCUCAUUUACUUCAAAGCAAUUACCAUAUCCAUCCCUUUCUUUUGAUAUGAUACAUUGUGCUCGAUGCCGUGUUGAUUGGGAUAAAAAAGCUCACAAACUUUGUGGAUAAAAGCUUGGGCUAUAUUGGGAUGGAUAAUUUGAAGCAAUAGCAAUUCGGGAAAAAUGCUAUGUUGAUUUCUUAGAGCUCAGCUGCCUUUUUUUAAUGCUCGUGCACGGUUUUCCAAUAAAUAGGAAUUUGGCAGCAUGUCCAUUGCAGAUAUUGGAUUCCUCUCCCUUUCUCCUUCUUUCCUUGCAUAAUACUCACACACAUACCUGUUGUCUCCUCUACAAACUCUAAAAUGAUGUAAUAGUUCAAUACAAUUGAGCUUGUAAAAUAAUGAGACGUAUACAUGAUUAAAGAAUCAAACUCUGUGUGUGUGUUUUGAGGUUCCAGUCUCACUGGGAGGAGUUUGGGGAAAGGGAGGGCUACCUCUACUGUGUAUCCCAUGUAUAAGGAGAAAAUAAUAUAAAAGCUUGUACACAUGCUUGGACCUGCUGUCAAUUGAACA